GUAUGUAGUCUAUAACUAAGAGUGCUGUGAUGUGUAAUAAUAAUGAUAAACAGACAGACGAGUCUUUGAAUAUUUAGUGACUCCAGUGUGUAACGUGGUAUGAAUUUAAGAUUUCUCUUGUGUGUUGGUACAGAGAUGCAGAUGGAGCGUGCAAAGAGGAUGGACUCUGCAGGAGAAGAAGCGUCCCUGAAUUCACCUGAGCUGCCCUGGAACCAGCUCUAUUUGAAGAGAAGGACCGAGUCCAGGAUCCAGUUAAGGAGGAGAGUGUGCUUCACUGGCCCUGCUGCUGCUGCUGUUACCGGAGUAUUGGCAAUCCUCAUACUGGCUGCUGGCAGGGUCAGCGGCAGUGAUUUAGUGCAUGUCCCGAGCUCAGUGAACUGUACUGAGGGGCAGGACUGUAUCCUGAGCUGCUGUUUCGACUACACAGCUGGAGGCUGGGAUGAGAAGUCAGGUGUGAUCUGGAGACAAGCAGAAACACUCUUCACUGUUCACAGAUACUAUAACAACAGGGUCCAGCUUGCCGAUCAGUUCCAUCAGUAUGUGAACAGGACCAGCCUGUUUGAUUCUGAGCUGCAGCGCGGGAACGCUUCACUGCUGCUGAGGAGAGUCAGGGAGGAAGAUGCUGGAAAAUACGAGUGCUCUGUUAACGCUCCCAGACUGUCCGGGUUGGGCCUGACUGAGGUAGUCGUGGUUCCGGCUCAACCCACAACAGCACCAGAUCAUGUGACAGUCCCGAGCUCUGACUGGAGGGGUUUAGGAGCACUUCUUCCUCUUCUUGCUCUUUGUGUGAUUGCAAGUCUCUGUGUUGGUCUGUGACUCUAUAAAAGACAUGCAAGUCCAGCACAGGCAGUGCCGUUAUCAGACGUGAUCGAGGAGCCCAGUGAAGUUAGACCGCUCCCCUGCACUGCUUAAUUUACCCAGUUUAAUACAAGCUCCCAAAACAAAAUAGUCACUUUAAAUUAGGAUCAGUGAUCAGUGUUGAAGAGAAAUUUUAAAAAUCACAUUGUUUCCUACACAAUUGCACUAUAAUCUGUACUCUCGUUGUCUUUGCACGAUAUCAGAACAAUCCAGCAAAGAGAUACAGUAGUUUAUUCAACAUGACAUUAACCUCUUCAGCUCCAGGAUGCACAUCAAAGGAAAGAGCACUUGCAUUACCAUGCUUUUAAAAUUAACUAUAAAAGCAAUAAGUAUUAGCUUUAUCAAAACAUAUUUUAUUCAUUGUUCAGCCUCAAACUUGUACAUUGAUAAGCAUGAACAAACCAUGGAAAAUGAACCAGUAGAGCAUCUUCAUUGCAAAACAACCACAUGAAAUACUGUUAAUAGGAAAAUAAGGAAUCCGUGUAAAUAUGAAGAAAUAAGUUCAUACUGUGGGCUCACAACACACUCACAAUGCUUAAAUUGGUAAAGACAUAAAUAUUUCCAAGCCUUAAAAAACGUGCAACAAUAUUCACAGUAUAACUCUAUGUAACAGUUUUUUGUUAAUAAAAAUUACAUUUGUCUAUUUUGUAGCAUCA